GUUAUUUCCGUCUGCAAUGUUUUUCACAUAAAUCAGAAUAACGUAUCAACCAUGUCAACUGGAUUGUUCUAUGUCUAUACAAAACGGAGAAACCUACUUUCUUUUUCUUUCUUUUUCUAAAAAUAGAUACACGGCAAUGGUUAUUAUUCUAAAUAAUUCGGAUGAAACUCUGAGGGAUGAAUAUACAAAUGGAAUACACGAUACAGAGAAAUGCGUCAUAUGCUUGGAGUACUGCUGAUGGCAUGCAUGUGUGAGAUGAUUAAAAGCAUACCUUCAUGUAAACCAAAUCAAAUGAUGCGAAAAGACAUAUCGGGAAACAAUAUAUGUUGUUACACCCUACUUUGUCGACAAGGACAAACAUUUGGGUUUUGUGAGCACGACCAGAGUUUUGAUACGUGUUCAGACUGUCCCGAAGGCACUUAUCAUCUCGACACCAUCGACACUUCAAAAAUGAAUACAGAAUUAGAUCCAUGUAUAUCUAAACCAACUUGUGAGCAACCUGAAGUAAGAUUAGAAAAUGGUAAAUGUAUAUGUGACAGAAGUCGUGGUUAUUAUGGAAAUGAUAUCUAUAACUGCAUGUUAGCAGAAAUGAUGUGUUCAAGUCCUGGGUUCGAACUCAAAGAAAAUGGCAAAUGUGAGCCCUGUGCUGAAGAUUUCUUCAAACCAGAAGCUAGUGCUGAAUACAACUGUAAACGCAAAUCUAGUUGCCACGUAUCUCAAGAUAUUGCUAGCAAUGGUUCUACUACAAUUGACAGAUCUUGUAAAGCUAAAAUAAAGAUAAAUCUUCCAGCAAUCAAACUAACUACAGAAAAUAAUAUUGAUAAUAAUGAUAAAAAUAAUAACCAAAGUACCAAAGAACAGCAAAAUUAUGACGUUUAUAUUGGAAUCAUCAUUGGUAUUAUCGUAGUGGCAAUAAUCCUUGUUGUUGUUAUCAUCGUGAACAAAACCUGUAGAGAUAAACCACUUCAAGUUUGUUUAUGUAUACGAACCUGGUCAGAUAACUGCCACAUAUAUGAGAAAGCAUCAAAUGACGUUGAUAACAAUAAGACAUACAAUGAAAUAGAUAGGUUAUCCAGUAGGAGUAUAUCUAAUACCUAUGAGGAAGCAUGUGUAUUGAUGUCCGGUAUCACAGAAAACAACGAUGUUACAAGUCAUUAUGAUAAUACCAGUACAAAAGAAAAACAUGUUUCAACGUCAAAAGAAGAAAUCAGAAAACCUCAUUUGGCUGAAGUUCACAGUUCAUUUGGUACUGAAUCAUUUCCUGAAUGUUCAACAGACAGAAGAUCAUCUGUAGCACAUGAGGAAUUCACAGAAUUGAUUUCGGGUGUAAAAUCAACUAGUCCUUGCAAACCGAUACAGAUAGAUAGAACAAAACAUUCACCCCAAAAAAUAAAAAGCAUUUCACACGAUCGGCACGAAAAAACGGCCAUAUCCGAUAAAAAUAGAAUAAACGUUGAAUACAGCGAUAAGAAUACAUUAACCUCAAGUGACAAUGAGCAAAUUGAACUGCAGUCAACACAAAUUCUUAUUCAUCCUCAUGAUGUGUCAAAGAGAAAACAUACAAAAAGUUAA